GUGUGCGCGGUGUUCAUCCCUGUCGGAAGAUUCUUCAAGCAAUCACUAUGUCAACCAAUACAGAUGUUUCCCUUUCUUCCUAUGAUGAAGAUCAGGGAUCCAAGUUUAUCCGAAAAGCUAAAGAGGCACCAUUUGUCCCCAUUGGGAUGGCGGGUUUUGCGGCAAUUGUUGCCUACGGGCUCUACAGGCUGAAAAGCAGGGGAAAUACGAAAAUGUCCCUUCACCUGAUCCACAUGCGCGUGGCCGCCCAAGGCUUCGUGGUAGGAGCCAUGACUGUUGGUAUGGGCUAUUCCAUGUAUCGGGAAUUUUGGGCGAAACCUAAGCCUUAGAAGACGGGAUGCAGGCUUGGCUCUGUUAGACAUCUCAUAUUGAGGUUACAUUUUCUGUUGAAAAUAAAUAAUUUGAGUG